AUUUACUGCAACAAAUACAAACCGAAUUCAUGAGCAUGAAACGCCGCAUGUUUAUAUGCCCUUGCAUUGAAACAGCUCGUUUUAUACUCAGCCGUGGCACAGUGGCGCUAGAAAGAGUGCCAGAUGCAAGACGGUGCGUUUCAAUGGAUAAUUGGAAAAGUGGAACUCAUAAAAAACGGUGCGCUUUUGCUUUGCUUCCUCCUUCAAAGCUCCCGGCAGAUUAUGGUAUACCUCGCUGUUUCAAAUUGAAGAGCAAAACUGAAUACCAAAGAACACAGUUGAAUGGAGCAAGAAAUACUACACCAAUCUGGACAAAUUCUCAGUCUCUCGAAAUCACUCUCUUUACAAACCCUAGCUUCAGUGAGGUCUCUCAUAAUUAAUGCUAACACCUCCGGUUCCACUCUUUCUACAAUCCUCGAAACGCUAACUCGCUCUCUCCAACUCACUCCUGCCAACUUAGUCGCUCGCCACCAAACUCUCAAGCUCCUCACAGAAUUGUCGUUUCGCCAGCCGCACCUCUCUCCUAUUAUCUUCGAUUCGCUCCGUUCUAACUACUCACUCCUCUCUGCCGACUCACUCGCUGCGCUUGUCUCCAUCUGCGAUCAAAACCCUAACCUAGUUCUUCAUAUCGACGAUCACUUCUUCGUUUCUCUCUGUUUCGCUUCGUCCGUGUCCGAACGGUUGUGGUUACUAAGAAACGCUGAGAGGUUCGGUGUUCGGUCGCAUUUGUUAUUCACGUUGUUCUUAGGAUUUACCAAGGAUCCGUAUCCAUACGUGCGAAGAGUUGCUUUAGAUGGACUGCUUGGCUUGUGUGAGUCGGGAGUUUUGGAGGACCUUGACGUUAUCAAAGCGUGCUAUUGCCGUGCCGUUGAGCUUCUACGCGACAUGGAAGAUUGCGUCAGACUAGCCGCUGUUCGCGUGGUUAGUGGAUGGGGUCAAAUGCUUGUAGCAUACAACAAAGAGAAGAGUGGAAUAGACUUGUCUAAUGCGGUGUUUACUCAGCUCUGUUCUAUGGCAAGAGAUAUGAGUAAGGAAGUAAGAGUUGAAGCCUUUGAUGCCCUUGGAAAGGUAGCAGUGGUAUCUGAGGAUAUUUUGUUGCAAACUCUGUCCAAGAAGGUUAUAGGGAUUUUCAAAGGGAAGAAACCUCAUGGUCAGUUCCCUGCUGAUUGCUUUGAAAUUUCAGCAUCAGGAGCUGCUGGAGCUUUUGUGCAUGGGCUUGAGGAUGAAUUUUACGAGGUACGGAAGUCUGCUUGUUCUUCCCUGGGUUUGCUGACAGCUCUCUCUGAAAAGUUUGCUGGUGAAGCUUUAAACUACCUGGUAGACAUGCUAAAUGAUGACUCAGUGACUGUAAGGUUGCAGGCUUUGAAAACAAUGCUUCUUAUGGCAAACUGUGAGCAUCUAAAUGUGCAAGAGAUACACAUGCACAUGUUUCUUGGCACUCUGGUUGACAAAAAUGCCUUGGUGAGAUCUGCAGCAAGGAAAAUUCUAAAAUCAGUGAAAGUUCCCAAUUUGGAGUUGUUUAAACUCUUUGUUGACGGUCUUUUUGAAAACUUGAGGAUAUAUCCACAGGAUGAAGUUGAUGUUUUUUCUGUUUUGUUUUAUAUUGGUCGAAAUCAUGGGAACUUUGCAGUAUGCAUCAUCAGGGAGGUUUCACAAGACAUGGAGCCAGAUUCUGAUGGCAAAUUGGGUUUUGAUAGUGCAAGAGUAGCUGCGUUUCUUGUAUUGGCCAUCUCAAUUCCCCUCUCAUGUGAACAAAAUGUCCACAGCAUUCAGCCUAUGAUAUUCUCUUAUGCAGUUACAUUGCUAGGGAGAAUUUCUGGUGCUUUGAGUGAUGUUAUGGACCAACAUUCCUUAUUGGCCUACUGUUCACUGUGCAGUAGACUGUCUAUUAUCUCUGACACAGAGCAUAAAGGGGAAGAGUCAUCUUUCCAUGAAGUGCAAAGUUACGGUACUAAUGGUAAAAGCACUGAGAUUUCCGUGCAGGAAAUAGGUGGUGAAGCCUCAGAAACUUGGUCUUGGAUACAGUGCAACCCAAUGGGUGUAACAUCACAUGCAAAACGCCAACUGGAAGAGGGGGAUGAAAUAAAGAAUUAUAUGAAUAUUGUACUAGCAAAGGUUAAGAAUAUCUGGCCCUUAGUACAAUCAAGAUACACAAAGGAAGUUUUGGGGAUUUUGAGGUCUUGUAAUGAAGAAGUGUUAGCAUUUUCUACUAAAUCCUUUGGAUCUGAUGGUGCAUUUGCAUUUUCAUUGCAAUAUAUCAAGGUCGUGAAACUGCUUGUUAAGGUUUGGGAGCACUUUGCACCCAUGAAAAAGCUUCAUUGUUAUGAAAUUGGAGAAUUGCAGCUUUUAUUAGGAAAGUUAGACAGUAGGCUUGCAGAUAUCAGAUCUAGGUUUAUAGGGUUAUCUGAACAAGAGGAGUUGCAUGUUUUGGAGCUGGUACUUGUGACUUGUUUGUUGAGGUUGUCUAAAAUUGAAAUCUGCUGCUAUCUUACUACGCUGAAAAAGCUGUCAUCUACAAUUUCACGUGUAGAAUUUCUGUAUCAGCAAGAGUCCAUUGAACCAUCCAAAUUUGUAACCAAAGUGAGGAAUUCAUUGCUUGAGAUUGGAACCUCUUUUUCUGUUGCUUCCUGCAAGCCAUUUCGGUUCAAUCAAUUACUUGAGUCCUUUUUCCUUCCCGAGCUUAUAUUAUGUGGGAGGCUUAGGCACAUAAAAGCAGAACUCAGCGUUCCUGAUAAUAGUUCUGAAAAUCCUAUUACUUUUGUUUCUGGGCUCCCGGUUGGCAUACCUCUUGAGAUCGCUUUGCAUAAUAUUUCAAGUGAGAAUAGGUUGUGGCUUAGGAUAACCAUGAGUGAAAAGUCAACCCAGUUCAUUUUUUUAGAUCCAAACUUAAUUGAAGGAUCCAAUGAGUUCCUGAAAUUCACAUAUAUUGCACCCUUUUACAAGACUCCAAAAGCUGUAUCUUUCUCUUUGGGAAUUUGUAUAGGCAUGGAAUGCUUAUUUGAGGAUGUCCAUGCCAACGUCCAUGGAGGUCCAAGAUGUUUUCUAGCAUAUCUUUGCCAGGAAAAAGAGGUUUAUUUAUCCAUGGCUUCUAAAGGCUGAUUAUCUUGUAGCAGGAAGUUUGUAGACCAGCUUCGCUGUGUAUAAGAUAGUUAAUUUUCUUUAAAAUCAGAGGACACCUUGAGUUCAGUUCUUCAGAAGGGAAACUAGCUCUUUUAAUCCCACAGGGCUGAAGAUGCACACUCUGUUGUUCAACUGCUGUCUUAUUAAAGAUUGUUAUUGAAAGUGAUGAUAUCGAAGUGGAUCCCUUGGAUGUUUUGCGGGUACAGUUCUCCUAGGGGUAUGUAAACUUCCCUUCUGGCCUUGUUAUUAGAUUUUUCAUUUCUAACUUUUUAUUCGAACAGUAGUUGCCUUUACAUUAUCGUUCUCCCAGUACGGUUCGAGUUGAGUUGAAUCCAAACAAUAGUCAUUUGAGCUUGACUUUAAUCCAAAAUGGUCAGUUUGUGAUUGAGCUUGACUCCUUCAAAUUAUUGGAGAAUAAUUGUGGGAGAAGAAGCAGAAUUGAUGAGAUGAAACUAUGUUGAAGCGAUGUCAUUGCAGCAAGAGGGCUAGAGCUAAAAUUUCUUCAAUUAAAACUUAGCUUGUUUCGUUCCAAGCUCCAGCAACUUGAAUUGAAUCGACUUGUGUCUCCCAUAGCCACAGCGGUGAAAGACUGGACAUCACAGUUUCUUUCUUGAAUUUGUAGAUUUCUUAAGUUAUGAUAAAAGCCCCUUUUUAUUCUCUUUUA